GACAAAAUGAUGUCUGAGAGGGCUCUGCUGAAGGAGCGGUACCAGGAGGUGCUGGACAAACAGAGGCAAGUGGAGAACCAGCUGCAAGUGCAGCUGAAGCAGCUCCAGCAGCGCAGGGAAGAGGAGAUGAAGAACCACCAGGAGAUCCUGAAAGCAAUCCAGGAUGUCACGAUCAAGCGAGAAGAGACAAAGAAGAAAAUGGAGAAAGAGAAGAAGGAGUUCUUGCAGAAGGAGCAGGAUCUGAAAGCAGAAAUUGAGAAGCUCUGUGAGAAAGGCAGAAGGUUGCUGAAGGAGCAGGAGGAGAAGGAGAACAAGAUUGCCUCUCUGAUCGCAGAGCAGUCUGAUGAGAAGCAGCUUUGGGAGAUGGAGCUGGAUAAGCUGAAGAAUCAGCACAACGAAAUCAACAGGAACAUUCUUGAGGAGACAGAACGGGCCUGGAAAGCAGAGAUCCUGUCCCUGGAGAGCCGAAAGGAGCUGCUGGUGUUGAAACUAGAAGAAGCAGAAAAAGAAGCGGAGCUGCACCUCACCUACCUCAAGUCUGCGCCGCCCACGCUGGAGACCAUGCGGCCCAAGCAGGAGUGGGAGAUGAGGCUCAACAGGAUACGGAUGACCAAGGAGAGCGUCCGAGACCAGUUCAACGACCACAUUCAGAUGGUGAGGAACGGCACCAAGCUGAGCAGCCUCCCGCAGAUCCCCACGCCGACGCUGCCACCUCCGCCCUCAGAAACAGAUUUCAUGCUGACAGCGUUCCAGCCCAGCCCAUCCCUUACCCCCAGGCUCCCGUUCCCCAUCGGACCGGUUCCCGUGCCCAUGGUCAUGCCGAGCGCCGAUCCUCGGGCGCUCUCCUUUCCCCUCCUGAACCCCGCCAUCUCCAGGCCCAGCCAGCCCUCCCCACCACUGCCCGCCUCCCAGGGCAGAAGCAGCCCGGUGGUGGCAUCGCUCGUGGGCACGCACGGCCCC